UAAAUUUCUUUAAGAUUACAACUUCCCUGUAUAUGUAUAUAAAUCAAUAAUGAGUUCUUCUCCACCUAGUAGCAGAGAAAUUAAAGCGAUUUCAAAAAAUGACGUACAUAGGAUCUGCUCAGGACAGGUUGUAUUGAAUCUUGCCACAGCUGUGAAAGAACUUGUUGAGAAUAGUUUGGAUGCAGGCGCUACCUCCGUUGAUGUUCUAGUGAAAGAUUAUGGCAGUGAAUUGGUGCAAGUAGCAGACAACGGUUGUGGCGUUUUGCCUGAGAACUUUCAGGCCCUCAGUAAGUGGUGA